AUGAAGAGAGCGGAACUCCGGCAGCACAGCAAGAAAUGCGAAGGAUCUCGACGAGAUUACGGCCCAGUAUACGAACGAGCGUUAUAUCUCGACUGCAAGUUCGCAUUGCUCCCGUCCGACACGGUCAAGAACUACCGGGACGCGCUCCAGUCUCUAUUCAUUCCUCGCGAAGACUCCGGCAGCUACUCACAAUGUCGUCACUACGACGUCGAUGUGAAUUCUGCCAUCGAUCGGCUGGUUUCUCAGUCUGAAUAUCUCAACUUGUCGGUUAUCGACGAUUUCGUCGCGAAGAACCUCUGGUCUGAAGUCCAGUGUUCCCACGGAUGGGACUUCGGGGGUGCGGACCAAGGGGAGACCCUCGCCACUACGUUCCACGUGGUUUGCGAUCGGGCUUGGUGGAUAUCCGCGGCUCAAAGUGGCUUCUUCAUAGGUAGCACGAUAGGUUGUUUUAUCUUCGGUUGGAUAUCCGACAGAUGGGGUCGGAGACCAGCCUUCCUCCUCGCUUUAGCUGUGAUGACCUUCGGGAAUAUCGCGCAAACUUUUCCACCCUCUUAUGCUGGCUACUCGGUGAUGAGGCUCAUCGUCGGGCUCGCGUAUCCCAGCAUUUUCAACUUGGGUUUCUUGAUCGCGGCUGAAAUGACCGGCGCGACGAAGCGGACCACGACGACUCUGGUCUUUGCCAUUAUGGUGCCGCUAGGCAUGAUGCUUUACGCCUCGAUUUCGCACGCCGUUAAGCACUGGCAACUUCUACAAGCCGUGACUUCCUUCCCUUCAAUCCUCUUUGUCGGAUAUUACUGGCUCGUACCAGAAUCACCUCGCUGGCUCCUUCUCAGGGGGAAGACGACGGAAGCCGAAAUUUUGCUCCGGAAGAUGGCUAAAGUUAAUGGACUUCUCCUGUGUCCAGACCAGGCGCUACAAAAUUCGCUGACACGAGACCAACCCUUCAGUGUGGACGAUGAGGAGUCGGAGGACUUUAACAUCUCCUAUAUAUUAGGAUUCCCAAGAGUGUCGCUGAGGCUUCUGAUAAUAUCUGUCAUUUGGACCAUAGUCUUCAUGGUGACUAUGCAUGCUUCGACGUUUCGAAUCGAUUCACAUUCUUCCGCACGAUCCCGAAGGAUAGACAGGGAUGUCCUUCAAUGCUUUCGCAGGUGUAAUGGGAUAAGUUUCGCUGUGCCCGACUUGGCCUCGGAGCCGAAUCUGGCGUUCUUUCUCAGCGGUCUAGCCGAGGUCCCAGGAGCCCUCCUGGGUUGUUUCGCGAUGGACCGCGUCGGCAGAAGGAGCUCGAUGCUCGGAGACAUCCCCUGGCUCGUCCUGCUCAUGUCAUCCCUGGCGAAAGUUUGCGUUACGUCGACAAUGACGAUCAUCUACAUGUUCGCGGGAGAGCUUUUCCCGACAGUGAUUCGUGGUUUUUCUAUCGGUGUUGCGACAACAGCGUCCCAGCUAGGUCUGGUUUCAAUACCGUACAUCGUCUCUUUGAGCUCAUCUCUUGGUAAAAAUGCACCAUUCGUCAUUUUCGGAGCCAUGACGAUUUGUGCUUCGCUCUUGAUGCUUGGCCUGCCGGAGACUCUCAACGCCCCGCUUCCGACGACGAUGCAAGAUGCCGAGCACUACCACCAUUUCAUCAGGCAAAAGGGAGGAAAAAUCCGAGACCUCGAAUCGGAGUUGCAAGCGGCUUGCUGA